AUGUGGAUCCGGCUGCUAGAAAGGAGAUUUGGAAUCAGUUACUCAAGAAUGCCAAUGCAGUUGGAGGUCGCAGCAGAAAUUAUGAUCAGAAUUUACUACUGGAUCCCUCUAUUUAUGUGCUGUGCUGAUCAGUUAAUGAAACGGGAAAGCCUUGCCACUGUCACGGUCUUGGAAGAAGGUCUUGCAGCUGCAACAGAGAUCUUUUUUCUUUUUGUGAAAAUACCAUGGCUUACUUCAACAAUGGACCAUUUUCCCCUAUGUGUCUGCCAAGUUCAAGAAUCAGGUGAUUAUGACAGUGGGAGUGUGGGCCCUCUCCCACCUGAUGUCUGUGUAUUAGCAAAUGCUGAUGAUGAUGGUGUCCAAACUGAGGCACAGUUUGGGGGUGAAGAGGUUGAAUAUGACAGUGAGGUUGACAUACAGCCAUCCCCUGCAAUAACUUUGGACACGGCCAGUAGACUUACACUUACUCAUUCCAGUGAGCCAUCAGAUACUGGACAAGUGGAGGGUGAAACCAUUGAUCAGGGAAGUGUGGAUUUCAACUCUACUGCUUUUUCAAAGAGCUUUUCAAAAAGUCUAACCAUCUUCUUAACUAGUGUGAUGAUUUUUAUAACAGUUAUGGAUGUCCUUGGAAAUGUCCUGGUCAUUGUCUCUAUUUUAAAGAACAAGAAACUGAGAAAUGCCGGCAAUAUCUUUGUGAUUAGUUUAUCACUUGGAGACCUCAUAGUUGGAGUGUAUUCCUACCCAUUAGUUUCUGUUGCUACUUUACAUAACAAGUGGAUCUUGGGAGAUACUCAGUGCAAGAUUUCUGCAAUGAUUCACACUCUGAGUUUCUUUGUAUCUGUCUACAGCAUCAUGGGUAUUGCUAUGAAUCGCUACUGCUGUAUCUGCCACAGUCUCAAAUAUGACAAGCUCUAUAGCAUGAAAAACACCUACUGCUAUGUCUUUAUUACAUGGACUUUCAGUUUUAUUUUGCUUAUACCAACCAUAUCCUUUGAUGUGUUACAGUAUGAUGAAAGAGUACAUUUCUGUGCCUUUAUAUUUACUGUAAAUCCUUCUUUAACUAGUUCCUUGGCAGUAUUGCACUUCAUCAUUCCUGUAAUUAUUGUCAUUUUCUGUUAUUCAAGGAUAUGGGUCUUGGUUAUUCAGGUCAAGUACCGUGUCAGACAGGAAAACAAACAGAAACUAAAACCAGCUGAAGUCCGUAACUUCCUUACCAUGUUUGCAGUGUUUGUUCUUUUUGCAGUUUGCUGGAGUCCAUUUAGCAUUCCUGCCCUAAUAAUGGGAUUAAAUCCCACAGGAAUGGCUUCUGAAUUGCCUAGUUGGCUUUAUAUGUUUGGCUACUUCACUGCUUCAUUCAAUAACUGCCUUAAUGGUAUUGUUUAUGGUGUCCUCAAUCAAAACUUUCGAGAUGAGUACAAAAGAAUUCUCCUGUCACUAUGUGCGUUUGCAUCAUCCAUCUGA